GUGUUCCCCGUGUGUGCAUUGUCCUGUACCCGGCAGAGGGGAGCAGGCUGCUUGGUGCGGCCUCCCGGUCUGUCCCCUGUUUGCCCCCCAAUGCUGAUCACCAUGUGGCCCCGGUGGGCUCUCCUGAGAGGCCGCUCCUCCUCCUUAGGCUCUCUCCGGCGACUCUACCAUGGAGACAAAGUGGCCACCAUCGGAUCCAGCGCAGACACCAACUCCUCCGUGUACCAGGAAAGCUAUGAGAGAAUGAAGGCUUUAGUAACUGAACUCAAGGAAAGAGCUGAAAAGAUACGUCUUGGAGGAGGAGAGAAGGCCCGAUCACUCCAUACCUCAAGAGGUAAACUGCUUCCAAGGGAGAGAAUCGACAGGCUUAUAGAUCCUGGAUCCCCUUUCCUGGAAUUCUCCCAGUUUGCUGGUUACGAGUUAUAUGGUAAUGAGGAGGUUCCAGCUGGAGGUAUCAUCACUGGUAUUGGUCGUGUAUCAGGGAUAGAGUGCCUGAUUGUAGCUAAUGAUGCAACUGUGAAAGGUGGAUCCUACUACCCCAUCACGGUAAAGAAGCACCUCCGAGCACAAGAGAUUGCAAUGCAGAAUCAUCUUCCAUGUGUAUAUCUAGUGGAUUCUGGAGGAGCAAACCUACCUCGUCAAGCAGAUGUAUUUCCAGAUAGAGAUCAUUUUGGUAGAAUCUUCUACAAUCAAGCAAAGAUGUCGUCACAAAGGAUCUCUCAGAUUGCAGUAGUGAUGGGAUCUUGUACUGCUGGAGGAGCAUACGUUCCAGCCAUGGCAGAUGAAAGUAUCAUCGUUAAAAAGCAGGGAACCAUUUUCCUAGGAGGACCUCCAUUAGUAAAGGCUGCUACUGGAGAGCAAGUAUCUGCUGAAGAUUUAGGAGGGGCUGAUCUACACUGUAGAAAAUCUGGUGUCACCGAUCAUUACGCUUUAGAUGACAGCCAUGCCCUUCAUCUUGCUCGGAAAGCAGUGCGAGCCUUAAAUUAUAAAAAGAAGCUAGAUGUUACUGUAGAAAAUCCUGAAGACCCCCUCUUCCCGGCAGAUGAACUGUAUGGAAUUGUUGGCGACAAUUUAAAGAAGAAUUUCGAUGUCAGAGAGGUCAUCGCCAGGGUUGUUGAUGGAAGCAAAUUUGAUGAGUUCAAGGCACUUUAUGGAGAUACACUAGUUACAGGAUUUGCCAGGAUAUUUGGUUAUCCUGUCGGAAUUAUAGGAAAUAAUGGUGUCCUUUUCUCUGAAUCUGCAAAAAAGGGCACUCAUUUCAUUCAGCUGUGCUGUCAGAGAAACAUUCCUCUCCUUUUCCUGCAGAACAUUACAGGUUUCAUGGUUGGACGUGAUUAUGAAGCUGGCGGAAUAGCUAAGGACGGAGCCAAAAUGGUGACAGCUGUAGCCUGUGCCAGUGUGCCCAAAAUUACUGUUCUUAUUGGAGGCUCUUAUGGGGCAGGAAAUUAUGGAAUGUGUGGCAGAGCUUACAGCCCGCGCUUUCUUUACAUGUGGCCUAAUUCUCGAAUUUCAGUGAUGGGUGGUGAACAAGCUGCUACAGUAUUGGCUACAAUUGCUAAAGAUCAGAAAGCAAGAGAAGGAAAGACAUUUUCAGAAAAAGAAGAAGCUGCUCUGAAGGAACCAAUAAUCAAAAGAUUUGAGGAGGAAGGAAAUCCAUAUUACUCAAGUGCAAGGUUAUGGGAUGAUGGGAUCAUUGAUCCGGCUGACACCAGGUUAGUUCUGGGACUGAGCCUCAGUGCUGCUUUGAAUGCACCAACGCAGAAGACUGAGUUUGGAGUCUUCAGAAUGUGAUUCACUCCAGAGCCUAAGACACUACUGUAAUCUGUCAAACUUUUCCUUUCUAAGAGCUUUCUAUCCUGUAAAAUAAAAGUUUUUUAUAACAUA